CUCCCUUGGCACAAUUGCUGUGGAGCCCGGCCUCGGCAGGUGCUAAGGAGCCAGGGGGAAAUCUGUAAGGUGGUGGCCAGCGUCUCCAAACGGUGCUCCCCCCACUUCCCACCUCCCCGUGCCCUUGCCCGCAGGUUGAGGCUUUGGAGGAUGCAGCCCGAUUCCUCACAACUGGUUGAAAAGAAAAAAAUUGUAAAGAUGGAAAAUGUUCACACUAUUUGAUUUUAAUAGCAUCGCCUGCAUGGACAUUUCAAAAGGCCCUUGAUAAUUAUUUGAGAAAAUGCAGAAGAUCUUUCAAACAGAUGAAAUUACCAAUACAGAAGUUUUUCAAAGAGGAAAGAGGAAAAGAACAGAGACCAUGGACUCAGAGAAUGCAAACAGUGACUUGGGUAAAGGACAGAGAACUCCGUUUUCAGGAAAUGCCUUUCUGCCAGGUGAGAGUUCCAGUGAAGACGAGGCCCCGCUAGCAGAACUGUCGAAGGAGGAACUGUGCGCCAAAAUAAAAAGCCUAAACCAAAAACUAACAAGCACCCGGAAGGAAAACAGCCGCCUUCGACAGUCUCUGGUUAUGCUUCAAGUGCUACCACAGGCAGUUACCCAGUUUGAAGAACUGGUAGGGAUGGCUGAGGCCCUGCUGAAGGGUGGAGGAACUAUGUCCACAUCUACAACCACCCUGUGGAGAGCAGCAAACAACUCUUCACCAGAUUCAUUUGCCUCAACGUGCAGUAAUUCUAAUUCCAGUUCACCAAUUUCCUUGAAGACUGAGGAGGAACAUCACACUGAUGAGAAACAGUUCAAGAUUGAAAAAUGGCAGAUUGCCCGCUGUAAUAAGAGCAAGCCUCAGAAGUUUAUUAAUGAUUUAAUGCAGGUGCUUUACACAAAUGAGUAUAUGGCUACACACAGUCUGACAGGAGCAAAAUCCUCCACUUCCAGAGACAAAGCUGUGAAGCCUGCCAUGAAUCAGAAUGAAGUUCAAGAAAUCAUAGGCGCCACAAAACAGUUAUUUCCCAGCACAGAUGAUGUUUCAAUUAGAAGAAUGAUAGGACAAAAGUUAAAUAAUUGUACCAAGAAGCCAAAUUUAGGCAAAAAUCUUAAUUCCCAGGAUUUCAAGUAGGCCUAUUUGGCACUUUAGGUAUGUGAAACAGAACAUCUUCAGUUCAAAAUCUGACCAUGGACUUUGUUGGAGAAUCGGAGACCUCCUUGGCAGAGUGGAGAGAUGAGUACAAUGACAGACAGGCUGCGAGAUGUUCAUGAGACUGCUGAGCUCUCCUGAGAGCACAAGCUUGCAGAAGAACUGCAUGUAAUUCCACCGAAAAACCACUGAGACAUUGAAGCAGAACAUUUCCAGCAAUCAAAGAAGCAUGCAGUGUGUUUUCUUUUAAAAUGUGUGUUUCCCUAUAUUGAAAUUCUUUUCUGUGCAAGUAACAAGACAGAGCUCGUAUCAUGGCAACAAAAAUCUUUAUCCCUUAAGAGUUGUCAUUGUUCUAAUCAAUUGUUGGGUGUUCAUUAUUACCGAUGACUCCCCAUUAUAUCUUUUUUAACCAUUAGCGUAAGCACCUUAGGAAAGGUCGUCAAUGAAAUGUUCACAGACCUGAAAGCUGCAAGGUCAACCUAAAAUCUGGUAAUUAUGACUAAGUUACAAGUCACGGUGUUUUAGCAAUAAAAAUACGGGCAUUUGGUUAUUUAAAAUAUGUAAAACAGGAAUAUGAAAAAUUAGAACAGCAAUACUUUUUAAUUUUAAUAUUAAACCAUUCCACUAUACUCCUGAAACAGGAGCAAAUUCAAUUUUGUGAUUGCUAAAACAAUGAAUCAACUUGCAGAAUAAUCUUUUUCUAUUUUUGCUCACCAGACAUAGGUCUAACUUUUAAUUGACCAAAAUAUAUUUAAUACAGAUGGGGAGUAAAAAGCAUCAAUUUCAUCCAGAGCAUACUAAAUAUACAUUUAAUCAGUGAUAUGACUACUCUGCGUAGUUUCCUGGUUUGUUGUAAUUGUAUCAGAAGUAAAAAGAAUUCAAAAUAAACUAUAUGGAUUUGAUAAUCACAAAAAAGGAAAAUAACACUUUUUAAUCAGCAAAAGGUAAAACAUCCUUCCAUCAAGAUAUUUUUCACUUGAAGCCAGGUUGUCACACAUGACCACCCUGCAAUGCCAAGCCAUACUUUUCUCAGUGUGCAAGGGUUACAUUUAAAACUUAGGAAAGAGGACGUAUACAAUAACUACAAAAUUCAGAAUUGUGGAAUCCAUAAAUAUUGCUCGAUGAUAACCAUGUGGUUGCACACAAUAUAAAUAUUCUUAAGGAAAUGACAUAUGUAACAUUUGCUACUUUUACUUAAACAUAAAUAAACAGCAUUCAAAACAUAAAA